AUGAUGAUGAUAAAGAUUAUUUCCCUUCCAAUUCAAAGUAUGAAAAGUUCAUGACAUUUCUUUCUCAUGGGAAUCUUUUUCAACAAAGGGAAGAGUUAGAAAAUGCGGUUUUCUUGGCCCAUUCUCUAAAUCGAACUCUAAUUAUUCCUCCCAUUAUAUUGGGAUUAAAUAUUGGAUUCACUAAUUCCCAAGCAUUACGUCAAAAGUUAGAUACACUUCGCGCGGAUAAACACGAAUCAGAAUGCUUUAAUAAAAUCAAUAUUCCUGAACAAAAAGAAACGAAAUAUGAAAUCGAUCUGAAUUGUUUGAAUGGAUUUGAUUCUUACUCUUUAUUACGUUGGGAUUCCUUAUUCAACUUGAAUUUGAUUAAACAGAAAAUUCACAUAUCACACAGGAGAGAUUUUGAUCAGAUUAAACUUGAAAAAAUGUUAAACGUUACGAACUCAAAACAAAAUGUCUGUGAAUUAACGAAAAUAUCAUUGGAUUCUAUUCGUUCGUGUAAAGAGAAACUGAUAUCCUUCGAUUGCUUAUCAGGCAAAGGGUUAAUCGAUAAAGGUUCAGCUCAAGAUCAAAUAUUUUGGGAUAAGAUAGAUGAAUCUCUCACACUAAAUAAUCCUGUUGUACUAGAUGCCUCCAAAAAGAUCGUUCAAAGGUUAGGAGGGAAAAGAAAUUAUGUUGGUGUACACGCGAGAUUUCAUUCUACAUCAUAUUCCAAAAAAUUUAUACAAAAAUCUUUUACAAGGUUAACGUUGACCUUAAAGAAUUACCUCAACGAGAUUCCUCAAGGGACAUCAAACGAUUUAUGUAGUGUGGAUUCAUCACACGUCAUUUAUUUAGCCACAGAUUUAAGCAGAAACGAUACAAUCCUAUCAUCAUUCUUAUCAAAGUUUCCGUGCGUCUUAAUUUUAAGUGAUUUCAAUGAGAUUUUACAUCCCUUACUUGAAUUAUAUAAUCCAAGGGAUGGAACACUCUUAUUUAAAUUCUUGGAACCUUUGGUUAAUUCUCUGAUUGUUUCGAGUGGUAUGGAAUUAUUUAGCAUAGGUGAUGAUACCUAUUCUGCGUACGCAAAACAAUUGCAUAAAGACACGAAGAAUGUAUGA